GAGCGUCGUUCAGGAGGCAGGAAGUCAAACUUGUCACUAGUGGUUGCGAGUAAAAGUUUCAGACAUAACAGCAGACUUAGCCGUUGGAAGAAUACAAAUCGGACUUCCUUAUUUCUGUCCGUUUUGCAGGCUACCCUCCAGCAAUGGACAAGCUCCGUCGUGUGUUAAGCGGCCAAGAGGAAAAUGAAGAGUUGGGUCUCACUUCACAGGUCCUUGAUGCCAGCACUCUCAGCUACAGCACCAGGGUGAAAUGGUUUGUCAUAUGCUUCGCUGGAGGCAUCCUGUGUUCAAUACUCGGUUCAGCACUGCUCUUCCUUCCAAAUGGUAUGAAGCUUUUCGCCGUCUUCUACACACUAGGGAACAUCGCAGCUCUUGCCAGCACCUGCUUCCUAAUGGGACCACUUAAACAGCUGAAGCGCAUGUUUGAAAAAACAAGACUGAUAGCCACCAUUGUUAUGCUGCUCUGCCUUGUCCUAACUCUUUGUGCAGUGUUUUGGUGGCAUAAAAAAGGGCUGGCUAUCAUCUUCUGUAUCUUGCAGUUUUUGGCAAUGACCUGGUAUAGCAUCUCUUACAUUCCAUUUGCCAGGGAUGCUGUGAUGAAAUGCUUCACAACCUGUGUGACAUAGGACUCCACAGUUUGUGAACACUGGUCCUGAUAUGCAAACUGCAAGAACAGUGCCUCUGUAAAAUAUACAUCCAUGUUGUUUAUAUACCGUAUCUCAAGAUUUUUACUAUGGCUUGUUUCAUACUGUGAAUUCUCGCUUUUUAAGUCUAGCUGAAGGUCUAUAACUAUAAUCAGAUUAUAACACUUCUCUUUUGCUUUUGAUGUGAGAGAAACGCGUGCCUUUAAUGCUUAAUAUAUUUAAAGAUUUUCAUAUGUUUUCUGAGGAUUUUAUACAGUUUAAGUGCAGGGAUAUUAUUUUGACUUUACCAUAAUUUUCAAAACAAGUGCCUUUACAUUGUGUGUGUGUAUAUAUGUAUAUAUGUA